UGUCUUUAUUUUCUUGUGUUUUUGUUUGUUUUUUUCCAACAAACAGAAAACGUCAACACACAACAGCCACGUGGUUCUGUGGGUUCUUACAUUCGGAUCGAACCCCCCCUCAGACGCUUCUCCUCCUGAUGACAACAACCUCCCUGCUAACUGAGAAGCUAAGCUAACGCUGAGACGACAGCCAGUUAGCUUAGCUCCCGCUGACACUGGAGAUAAAGUGUCCGUCUCCAAGUGUCGGGCUCCUUUUCAUGCUGCUCUCAGUUCAAUGGGGAACUGUCUGUUUAGCCAGGGAGCGGAUGACCUGUCGCUGCUGAACGAGUCGGAGGGAGGCAGUCUGCCCGGGGAGCCUCCGCCGCCCUACGAGGAGCGCACCCAACCGGUGCCAGUGUACCAUCCCACCCCAGGUGAGAGUCGUCUGGCCAGCCAGUUGACCGAGGAGGAGCAGAUCCGCAUCGCCCAGCGCAUCGGCCUCAUCCAGCACCUGCCCAGAGGCACCUUCAACCAGGGCUCUGACCCCUCUGACAAGAAAGUUAAAGAGUGCGUGAUCUGCAUGUUGGAUUUUGAGUAUGGCGAUCCCAUUCGGUUCUUGCCCUGCCUUCACAUCUACCACGUGGACUGCAUUGAUCCCUGGCUGAUGCGCUCCUUCACCUGCCCCUCCUGCAUGGAGCCGGUAGAUGCAGCCUUGCUGUCCACGUAUGAAACCAACUGAGCAGCCCCCUUGUGGCUGCUCCUGCCUAAAAGUAACUGCACUUUUUAGCCAAAUCUGUCCUGUAGCUGUUCAGACAGGUUGCCAAGGCGAUGUGGCAUUAUGCAGAUGUUUGGAGGGUGUGUUAGGAUGCAGUCAGAUGUCGAAAACUGUGCCCUGCAGUUCAUUGCAUAGAUUUGACUCGUUGCCUUUAAAAGUGCCAAAUCAAGCUCGAUGAAGAAUAUGAAAAGCUGUAGCAAAACAUUACUGCAAAGUAAUUUCACUUUUUUUUAUGACUGACAAUGCAUUUUUAAUCAGUGGUUUCUUAUUUUAAUUAAAUACACAUCACCAAUGUCAUUGACUUCCCCCUUUCAAGACAUGAAGUGCAAUAUGCUAUAUCAAAGGCGAGAAUGACGUUCGUCUCAGUCCAGAAUACAGAUGAGAAGAUGAAUGGAAGUAAAUGACAACAUGAAUGGAAGUUCCUAUGAUUUACAAAUGAACCCAUGGCCUUGAAUGUCACUGAACACACGGGCCUCUCUACUGGAAUGUAAGAAAUUGCAUACAAAAGGUUUCUCUGAACAAAGAUAUGUUGAGA